UGGCACAAUUGAAGUUGCAUGUGGGUUAACUUUUCAUUUAUAGACAAGUUUGUUGCUUCAACAGUCGCCAUGAACCGUGUGCUAUGUGUUUGGUUGCAAUUCUUAUGUCUCCUGCAAUGUUCCGACGGCACGAAGGACGAAUUUACAGUCGACAGACGGAUGAGGAAGACGUCUUACCAGAUUGUUUCUGCAACAAGAUUGACUUACGUAAAGACCCAGAAAUACGUUGCUGUCAUCCGGGCACCGAUGAACACAAAAUGGAUAGAUACGAGAACGCCGCAUGGAUGGGAACUGUAGAAUGGCAACUGGUGUCAGCAGAAAGCGAUGAGACUUCAGCAUUAUAUAAAGGAACCGUAACAGCCUCCCUCGACACGCACAUGAUACUUCCUGUAACGUUGACAUCAGAAAAGGAAAGUUUAAACCUUGAUUUCAAUACAUUCGUGGAAAUAGAAAAACAAACGGAGUUCAACGUCAACAACUGUCAAUUUCAAGUUGAAGAAAAAUACUCUCCAGAGGCCACAAUAUAUAAAAUCACCAUCAGAUCAUGCAUUUGUCAACGUGGAUUUCAAGCAUCCGUCGGUAAAACAACUCCAUCUGGAUUCGAGGAAACAACAGAAUUAUUGCCCUUGUACUUCUUCCCUGUACACAUGCACGAGGGAUCAAUGCGGGACGACCAGAUUUCUACAAUAUUUAUCAACCGAACAGCCCUCAAUAAGGACGGAGUACACGUAAAGUCGCUGAAGUUCUUGAUCAAAAAAGAGAAAGGUGAUUUCCAAACCGAUAUGAUAGACCGAUCCACCUACGGGUAUAGCCUGCUAUAGAUAUGUCAUCUUUGACAUUAUGUACUUUAUUAUAAUAUUAAACUGUAUUGUGUGCAAUGGUAGAUACUCAUAAUCAUUGCAUAUCGAAAAGCUAUCACUAUCGGAAUGUACAUCAGUAUAUAUUAUAUAUAGCAAAAACAUGUAGAUGAUAUUAUAGCACAAUGUACGCAACACAUUGAUCAAGCAAGUGCAUUUACUUUCAGUGUAAUAACUAGAAUCGAUGUUUCGGUAAUCAAAUAUAAGUUCAAUAAAU